GAGUCGCGUGGCGGAGCUCUGACAAACAAUAGUAGACCAAUGCUGAUAUUGACUCCAUUGUUUGUCAAGAUCGUAUAUAAAAGACGUCAAACUACGUAUCUGAGACACAAGAGAAAAGAGAGAAGGUAGGAUAACAUAUCGGCAAGAGUGAACCGAUCGAAUCAUCACUGAAUACCACCAAGGCACUAACGCUUUCUGCAUAAUUGUUUAUCGCGCAAUCAAAUCUCUCGCCGCUAUAAACAGAGUGAGCAAAUUCAAUUUCAACUGAGUGUUUUGAACGUUCUGAUGGGCCAAAAAAAACCAUCGCUUAAAUUGCAUUCAUUAAUUUGACUCGCCUCUCACGAGGCUUAUUGAUGGAUUACCGCAUCUUGAGUUAGUUGAUUACCGGACCUGUAGAGAGCGAUCAAGCACCAGUUGCUACCAAAUAAAACAAGCGCACACUCGUGAAACGAAACACUUUCUACCAAUUUUCAUUUGGAUAAAACUAAAACAAAAAAGUAUAAUGCCGCGCUCAUUCCUUGUGCGUCGGACGACAGAUGAUACGCGGGUUAUGAUCCGCGAAACAUCGGUACCAGAAUGGACUGUAGUUCCAGAACUUCCGGUCAGCAUACACUUAACAGACGGUUACAUGCAAGAUAUAUUCCCCUCACCAACAAUUUCACCAAUAAGUCGCAAUUCAUUGAGUGACAGUGAUUCUAUUUCUGAUUCGGACAUUAGUCGGGAUGAUUCAUCGUCGAUCACGUCACAAAGUGACGCAUCUGACAUCAAUAACAGCGUCAACAAACAAGUCUUCCUCUCCUACGACGCGUUCAAUAUAACCGAUGGACGAUCACGUCGCCGUUCACCAAAAACUGCCGUCGAACCACCAGAAAAGCGUCAACGCUACAAGUGCAACGAGUGCGGUAAACACUACGCGACGUCAUCAAACCUAUCGCGUCACAAGCAAACGCAUCGUAGUUUAGAAAGUGACCAAGCCAAACGCUGCCAUAUCUGUAAUAAAGUAUACGUCAGCAUGCCAGCUCUUACCAUGCAUAUAUUAACACAUGACCUCAAGCAUAAAUGUACUAUUUGUAACAAAGCGUUCAGUCGUCCGUGGCUGUUGCAGGGUCAUAUGCGUUCCCACACUGGAGAGAAACCGUUCGGGUGUGCACACUGCGGGAAAGCGUUCGCAGAUCGUUCCAACCUGCGUGCGCACAUGCAAACGCAUUCGUCAUUUAAGCACUACAGUUGCAAGCGAUGUGAUAAGUCAUUUGCAUUGAAAUCAUAUCUGAACAAACAUUACGAAUCAGCGUGUUUAAUCAGUCCCGAUUCCAGCGAUAACGAGUGCAAUUAUCUCAUUCCAAAAAUGCAACAAUCAGACACAUCUCGAUGUGUUUAGUACAUGAUUGUAUUCAAACAUUAAAAAAAAAAAACUUACACAUAUUCUGGUGUGUUUUUAAAGAAAUUUUCAUAUUUUUCUAAUGGAAACGUUUGACGAUAGUCUGUCCAGGCUUUUUUUUAUAUAAACUUAUGGUGUUUGAAACAAACAUAAAAUAAUUAUUCGUAUUUUCAAAUACCGAUGUGUGCAAAAAAUAAGAUUGGAAUCUUUCAAAAUGUACUAAAAUAUUUUGGCAAUAGAUUUUUAACCAAUUGUUUCCAUUCCCAUGGUCGUAUCAGAGAAUACGUCGUUUUUAAGUUAAAGUAUAGUUUAUUGAUUUAUAAACGGCGAAUUGGAAUCUUCCCAUGCUCUAUAUCAGUUUGAGACAUUCCUAGAAUAUUACGAGGGCUUGUUGUAACAGUAAACUAAAUGUUUUCUUUGCUAUGGGACCAAAUUACAUAGGCUGUAUAUGCCCAUAUAUUUUCUCUCCUUAAUGUUUCACUUUUAUACUUAAAAAAGUGGUAUUUUUCACAGAAGAAUAAUUGAAAACGAAGCAAUAUGUAAACUAAGAAGCUCAUAUCGGAGUUAGGUUAUUUGUUAACAAGUAUAAUUAUUUAUUGUCAUCAUGUUCAUGUUGUUAAAUUAUUAUUGUAUACAUUUUUGAAUGUAAGCAUUAUCAAUACUAAUGACUAUUAGUUAUUAUUGUUACCAUUGUCUUUGUUUAGGAUUUUACAGUUGUUUUCAUAUGCUAUGUAUUAGCAUAACAGGCCUGCAGUUUGUGCAAUUUUGACGGAUUUAGCUGUAAAUCUGAGUUAACUUAUUUAUGAAACGUAUUAGGCCUCAGCAUCUUCCUAACUCGGUUGGAAAUAGAUACCAAAGAUUAAAAUUCUGAGGCUAAAAUAAUGACAUUUUAGUAACGAUUUUUGAGAAAUUUCUUCAACAAAACGUGUUUUUAGAACAAACUAAUGUUUAUAAUGUUAAUGUUAUAUGAAACUUAGUUCCAUAUGACUGAGCACCAUAUACUUUAAUGGCGUAAUGAUUAUAAAUGCUUCACAAUCAAAACAAGUACUUCCAGUUUUAAAAUGAAAUGUAUCUCAAUGCAUCUCAAAUCGGUAGAUUUAAUUAUUGUAAUUAUUUCAGUGAUCGACUUCCUUCCAAUGGUUACUUCCCUUAACUAAAUAAGUUAAUUAUUAUGAUAUUAUUAACAAGUAGAUCUUAAUAACUGUACUAGACAAUCAAUUAUAUAUUUCCUACUAAAGUGGUAUUCUAAAAGUUGUGAAUUUCUCAUUACUGUACAUGCUUUCAUAUCAGUAAUAAUUCACCCAAUAGUUCGGGGUUGAGUUCGUCGUUGUCAGUAAGCCCCAUACUAUGCAAUAGUCUACACAAUAAGUAUAUGCAUCACUCCACAGAAUAAAAUGCCAUAAAUUUUCAUUCAAGAAAUAAAUUUAAUAGAUGUAUAUACACUUCUCAUCAUGUCAAUGAAGUUUAAUUUAACCACUUAUAAUUACCUAGAUAAUUGAAAAGUUUCUAAAUACGGUGGUUUGUUAAAAUAUAAAAAGAUAUUUCAAUUAUUUUAAGGAUUAUGAACAUAACAAAGUCUUUCCAUUUUUGUAUAUUAAUCUCAUUUACAUAUUUCUAAUGAUAUGAUAUUACUUGGUGUUGUUUUCUACUUCAUAUCAAGAGAUACCAUGCUACUGAUUUUAAAGGUGAUCAUGCGUGAAUUUCUAAUAGGUAUUGUGAGUUUGAGUGUCUCUAUGGAUUCAGAUUUGAGUACACUUUACCAACAGGUGUGGAAUAUACAUUUUGAGUCUACGCGGAGAAGAGUGUCCCUCGGGCCUCAUGCGAAUGCAACAACCGAAACCGGUUUUCAUCAUAAUCGAGAAUUGCUAGCGAAGCGGAUUAUCUUCAAUUUAAUAUGUUGAUCAAAUUAUGUCACAUUAAUUGAGAAUGCUAAGCAACCAGAACCCUCGACUGAGUAUAUAAGACCAGUGUAAGGUAGCACAAAGGCAGUUAGAGUUACACUUAAAUUAUCCACUAUUUUAUUCCUGUGUACAUAUCAAUUUUCGUAGUUAUGUAUUAAUUUUGUUAUACAUUAAAUUUUAAUACAACUGCAUAGGACACGAAGGGUAAAGAACAUUGAAAAUCGAUUAUUGUGGAACACUAUCAUUUUCUAGAAAUAUAACGUUAAUAUUAGUAUUAAAGAUCAAAAAGAAAA